AUGCGAGGAAUUAGACGGUUUGGACUUCGGGGGAAGCUAAGUCCCCGCUACCUCGGACCGUUUGAGGUAUUAGAGCGGGUCGGCGCGGUAGCGUACAAAAUAGCAUUACCACCGAGGCUUGCGGGAGUACACGACGUGUUCCAUGUAUCGAAUCUCCACAAGUACAUCCAUGACCCUGAGCAUAUCCUCUCGUUUGAGCCGUCGGAGAUUCCAGAGGAUAUGACUUAUGAGGAGUUCCCGGCGUAUAUCAUCGAUCGAGAGGUGAGAAAACUACGGAAUCGCAAGAUUCCGUAUGUCAAGGUUCGUUGGAGCAACCACAAUGACCGAGAGGCUACGAGGGAGCUCGAAAGUGCAAUGCGGGAACAUUAUCCCCACCUCUUCGAGAAUCUGGAUUAA